AUCCCAGACUAGGGCAUCCAACCCCGAGCCAUCCCUCCCCCGCACACGAGCCCAAUCCCCCCGCGCAUCCAAACCCAAACCCUCCUCUCCGCGAGGCCAUGGCCGCCGCGACGGAGAAGACGGCGGAGGACAUCCGCCGCGAGCUCCAGGAGCUCCAGCGCCAGCACCGCGAGAUCACCGAGCGACUUCGCGAUCCCCGCGGCCUUCGCCGCGGCGCCGCCGGCCCUGGCCCUGGACCUGGACCCGGGGUGCCCCGCCCGCUCCGCGGCUUCGUGAGACCUGCACCCGGUGCGGAAUCGGGGGACCAGCCUGCGCAGAAGCGGCGGCUGCUAUCUGCCGUGGUUAAGGUUGAUGGUGCUGAAACUAACGAGGAAGGUGAAAAGGCUGCCGAGGCAGAGGGACGCGAGGAGGGUUCAGGUGCUGCUGAAGGCAGUGACAGGAGGGCUGUUAGCAAUGGUGGCUUCAGGAGGGAUGGGAGCCUGCGGAUGCUAAGGAGAGUGGACUAUAAUUCCCUUCCAGAGCCAGCUCCAAGGGAGCUUCCCAAGAAUGAGGACCCAAAUAUGGUGAGAAGGAAUAAGAGGAUGUUGGGCCAGCUUCUUGUCGGUACAUUAGAGAAAUUUCAGCAAGAGGACAAGAAAUUAUCCAACUCUGAGGCUUAUCUGCGCAGAUCAGAGACGCAGCGAAAGGCUGAGCAAAAGGUUCGUGAGGAAAGUGAAAGGUUGCGACAGCAGGAGCGAGAGCAAAUUGCAGAGAAGCGUAAGCGUGACAUGAUGCUUUGCGCUCGUGUAGCUGCUAAGGCAGAAGAAAAGAGGUUGGAGCUGUUGUACAUUCAGUGGACUGAGCAUCAUAAAAAGCUGUCCAAUUUCUUAAGGACAAAAGCUGAACCACCUAUUUACUACAUGCCAGCUAAACCAAUCAUUGAUGAUCCUACUGUUAUUGAGCAGAAUAAGGAAAAGGUAUUUGAAGAAUGGAAAUCUGUGCGCAGAGCCGAGCUGACUCAGUUUCAAAAGCAAGUUGAGGAGCAAUAUCUCUCCAAUGUUGAGAGGCAGUUGGAAAGAAUCCAGAAUGCCCGGAAUGCUAGGAGAGCAAACGGGCUUGCUAACAUGCAAGAAAUGGACAAGGAGCUGGACACACACAGAGCGGAGCAUGGUCCUAAGACUCGGCGAGUUCCCGAGGAGGGUGGCAAUGAUGAGGAUGAGGAUGCGGAGGAUAUGGCAGCGGAAGACGAGCUGAUGGAAGAAGUUCUGGGCAUCAACGAUGGGAUUAAUGAGGAUCUGUCCAAGCCUUCCGAUGAAGCUGUCACUGAUGGUGGUGAACCUGCACCUGAGGAGGCACAGUAGGCAUGCUUGUUACAAGCUAAGCACUUAGGCGGUCUGCAUUUUGAUCUCAUUAGUUGACGUCUUGUUUGGACUGCAUGUACGUGGGCUGUAUUGCUGUAUUGCUGUCAGUUUUGCUUCUGUCCCCUUGGUCAUGUGAUACUGUUUUGCCCUAUUUGACAUUUGUUCCAUACACUUGAGUACUCCUGGGAAUGGAAUGGACUAAAUCCAAAUCUAAUUGGACUUUGGCUCU